AUGGAUUACGAACGUAAUGAUCCUCGACGUCAUUAUAUCUUACGUGUUGCAUCGCAUAUUUUUGCGCUAAAUUUAUCGGAAAAUAAAAUUCCAAAUUUGAUUCCAAUACAAAAUUUUUGUGAUACCAAUACACCAUUGUUAAUUAUUGCCAAAGAUGAACAGAAAGGAGCAUUUGAUAUUACGAAUGAAAUGCGAAAUAUUCAUGAUCCGGAUUUACUGAGAGUGAUCUUUUAUAAACUUGAAGCAAUUGCAUUACCAUUGGAUAAUUUUAAGAGCAAAAUAUCAGUAUUAUCAUUACGUGGGCGUCCAACGGAUGCAUUAAUUCGUUCAGUGAGAGAAAUAUUCAAACAAGCAACUGAAAAUAAUUUCGAAACAUCUGCAAAUAGCCAUUUACAUACAAUUUUAAAUGAACUUGAAAUGAUUAUGGAACCGAAGAAUGACAAAAAAAACAUUCAUGUAAGACGAUCAAUACAUGAUGAAAUUAAUUAUUGGAAAAAUCGAAAGGACAAUGCUGCAUUGCAAUAUUUCCAAGUAUUUCAAAUUCUUGAAGUGAAACUUGAAAUGCUUACAAGUUGUCGUAUAGAUGAAAUUUAUGAAGUUAUUGAUACUAUUGAAGAUUGUUUAAAUCAACUUUGGAACUGUGAACCAUCAUUUCCACAAAAUAAUAUGAGACAUAUUAUCGAUAGUAUCGGUGCACUAAUUAUUAAUUCGAUAACAAAUAAAAUUGAAAUUAAUAAUAUAUGGAACGAUGUUACAGUAAUCGAUAUUUUACAUCAAAUUAUUUCCAUUUGCGAACAGUGGCAAUUUGUAAUUACAACACUUAUUGAACAGUGGAAGCAAGAUAUUGAUAAUCCAUGGAAUGGUGAUAAAUCAAUAAUUUCAAUUUUUGAAAUUAUUCAAAAACAUACUGAUAAAAUUUUAUCAUUGAAAUUAUUAAGCAAUCAAAUGACUGAAUUAAUAAAAGAUAAAAAUGGGCAAAAAGAAAUGGAACAAAUUAUUCGAAAUAUUUUUGGUACAAUGCCCAUAUUUACCUAUGAUAUUUCUGUUCAGCAAAAUUGGAAAAACAAAUUAUUGGAAGUAGAACGAUGCAUUGAACCAAUUGUGGAAAGAGCAUUACCUAUUUUAAGGAAACGUUUACAAUUUAAUCAACUCACUGAUGAUGCUGCAAUAACUAAUCUGAUUAAAUUUAAACAUUUUUUAAAUCGUCCAAGUAUCAAGGAAAAACUUUUAAUGGAAAGAGAAACAUUGCUUAGUCGUUUGGUAAAUGCGGUGGAGAUGAAAAAACGUGAAGUAAUUGAACGAAUUGUAACCAGUGAUAUACCAAAUGGACAAUAUCUUACAGAAAUUGCUGCUAAACUUAUUUGGAUUCGACGAGAAAUUAAUAAGAUUGAAAAUAUCAAGAUUGUAUGCGACCAAUUGUUAAACGAUUUAGCAACUUAUAAAACAAUUCAAGUAAAAAUUCAAAAUGCAAUUGAUGAAAUGCAUUCGUUAGAAUCAGAUUGCUUUAGUAGUUGGUGCCAAGAAAUGAUCAAAUUAGUUUGUAAUUCGACAAAUUCAAUUGCACUUGAAACAAGUGGUAAACUAAUGAGUAUUGAGCAGAAAGGUGGUAAUUUGAUUGUCAACUAUAGCGAUCGUUUAGUUCGCCUUCUCAGAGAAGUACGUCAAUUAAUUGGUCUUGGAUUUGUUUUACCGCAAAAAAUUAUUGAAUGUGCUAAUACUGGCGAACAAUUCUACAAAUAUGCUAUCAUUCUUAAACAGGUGGCACAUUUCUAUAAUUCGGUGGAUCAGCAGAUGCUUCCGUGUCAACAAGCAAUGAUGUUAGACGAAGCUUUAGCAUUUGAAAAAUUAAUCCUAUCCGGAAAGAAAGGUGAAGAAGCAACAACAAAUGCGGUUAGCUGGAAUAAUCCGAAACAUCUUCAAGAAUUCAUCGAAAAGUUACAGGCAGCUGCUGAACGUUUAACUUUACAUAAUAGGUAA